UCAUCCGGGGUUGUGGGACGAAAGCCGCCGAUUGCCGCUCCUCUGGCUUUGUUUGACCACCCAAGAGUUUGGAGGAGUUGGAAGUUUCACGUUCCACUUCCAUUUUCACCCAUCCUCCACCUUUCGAUGAUCGACCACCGUUGACUAUCCCCUUCACAUCCACCAUGUCCGACAAUAGGGCAACAUCACGAGACCGACGGGACACAGAAGCCCAAGCCCAGGUUGUCGCUGAACAUUUGCCACCAGGCUACACAGCCGAGUUUCACAGUGCACCCGGGAGUACAGAUGGCACCACGCCGGCUUCAGUCUCGGGAUCGGGAUCCGAGGUUACCCCUAUUCCGGAAGGGGAGUCGUCGUUGAAGUUGCAGGGCGGCGACAUACACCGGGAUCUCUUCAAGCUGCCCUCAGCAACCCGCGUCCCAAUGCACCGCCGGGCCGCAACUUUCCACUCGCCCAGGGACCUCCACGCCGACGAUGACGCCCCACCCUUGACCGUCGGCGACCAGCUCGCUCCGGGAGGGUUCCGCCGCGCCUUUCUGCAUCAGAGGCAUGGGAACGAUUUCAUGGCCGCUAGAUUGCCCAUCACGCGCAAUUUCGUCGAGUUUCUCGACCUCUACGGCAGCUUUGCCGGCGAAGACCUGGUCGACACCGACGAGGAGGCCGUCACCGAGGAGGAAGAGGAGGGGGAGGAGGGGGAGGAGGGGGAAGAAGGAAGAGACGAAGAAGAAGCCGGCGAGCGGCGCCCUCUCCUUCGCCAACGCAUCAGCUCCGUCCGGGCCCCGCGCUCCGCCAACGCCGGUACCGUCAAGACCUUCUUCACCCUGCUCAAAGCUUUUAUCGGCACCGGCAUCAUGUUCCUGCCCAAGGCCUUUCGCAACGGCGGCAUCUUAUUCUCCACCGUCGCUAUGCUUUCCGUAUCCAUUGUCACCAUGGUCGCCUUCCACCUCUUGCUACAAUGCAAGCUCCAUUACGGCGGCGGAUAUGGCGACAUCGGAAACGCCAUCGCCGGACCGCGGAUGCGCACCCUCAUCCUCUUCUCCAUUGCCCUGUCCCAGCUGGGCUUCGUUUGCGCGGGCAUCGUCUUCGUCGCCGAGAACCUCAUGAGCUUCUUCGACGCCGUCACCGGCGGCCAAAACCCCUUCACCUCGGCGGGCCUGAUCACCCUGCAGCUCAUCAUCCUAGUCCCGCUCGCCUGGAUCCGCAACAUCUCCAAGCUCGGCCCCGUGGCCCUCCUCGCCGACGCCUGCAUCCUCGUCGGCGUCAGCUACAUCUACUCGUACACCAGCACCUCCCUCUCCACCGUCGGCGUCGACCCGACCGUGGUACUCUUCAACCCGAGCCACUACACCCUCACCAUCGGCGCGGCCAUCUUCACCUUCGAAGGCAUCGGCCUGAUCCUGCCCAUCCAAUCCUCCAUGGCCAACCCGCACCACUUCGAACCCCUCCUCGGCCUGGUCAUGUUCCUCAUCACCGUCGUCUUCACGUCGGUCGGCGCGCUGUGCUACGCCACCUUUGGCGAGAAGACCGAGAUCGAGAUCAUCAACAACUUCCCGCAGGACAGCCCGCUCGUCAACUCGGUCCAGCUGCUGUACGCCAUUGCGGUGCUGGUCGGCACGCCCGUGCAGCUGUUCCCCGCGCUGCGCAUCAUCGAGGGCAAGAUCUUUGGGCACAUGCGCUCGGGCAAGGGGAGCUUGCGGACCAAGUGGGUUAAGAAUCUGUUUCGGUUUGGGGUGGUGGUGUUUUGUGGCCUGGUGUCGGUGGUGGGCACGGGGAAUCUGGAUCGUUUUGUUGCGUUGAUUGGGAGUGUGGCGUGCGUGCCGCUGGUGUAUGUGUAUCCGGCGUUUUUGCAUUUUAAGGGGUUGGCUACCAAGCGGUGGGUGAAGUGGGGGGAUCUGCUGUUGAUGGUGGUUGGGUUGGUUGGUAUGGUGUACACCACUACGGUGACGGUGGUGACCAGCUUUUUGUGAUCGUGAUGAGCAUGACCGUGAGCGGGUGUAUGUGCAUGGGGAAUGGGCGUUUUUCUUUUUGGGAUUUCAUGCAUACGUGGAAGUUACAAGUUGGAUUUGGAUGGUACCUAGGGUAGAACAGACAUCCGGGCCUGUUUUGAUAUGUGCACGGCUCUGGUUACCCCUUG